GCAGGACGCCGCGUUCGAGCUGCAGUUCAUUUGCAGUAAAAAAGACGUCUAGACACUCUUACCAUCGCUGUCGGUUGCAGCGUCCACGGCGACGUGCGCUCCAGCGGCCGUUUAGCAGGGAGAGCAUCACCUCUGCCGGGAGAGCAUGCGGCAGCUCCUCCGCCAGAUCCUCCGCGCGCACCGGACAAAGCUGCCGCCGAACAUGCGUUCGCUCGGAGACCAGUACGUGCGCAAGGAGUUCGCGGAGAUGCGCGACGUCACGAAACCGGAGGUCCUGGAGCGUUUUAGGGGAGAAUGGGAGAAGUACCUGCAGCAGCUGGAGACGGCGCCGGCCGACGACCUCGGCGCGGACUUGGACGCGGAGAUCCUCGGGACGAUGUCCGACGACCAGAAGGCGAAGUUGGUGGAUAUGCGCGCGUCGUCGCGAAAGCUGCGCGAGGAGGACGGGAAAUAAUCACAUGUUGUUGUUAGUCCACGCACGAGGGGGUUUCGGCGGCCACACGGCGAUUGCGUGGGGCCGCGUCAUGUACCUCGCACGCGAUGACUACGCGGCGCCGGCCGCCU